AUGCUGCCUCGGGACAUGCCCUUUGGUGGAGGCAAACCUCCUAACUAUCACUUGGGAGUAGAGGUCUAUCAUCCCAAUUUCUAUGCCAGGCAGCUUGGCUGUCCCCAGCUUAUCCCUCUCAAGUCUUACAGAAGCUGCAACCGAGCUACCUCGUGGAGGGAUUCAGACAACCUAGAUGUGCACAAGGACUGUAGGUGUUUAGUGAACAAGAUCAACAACAGUGUGGAUGCCCUUUAUCUGUCCUGGGAACCUAACUCUUACAGUUCUUGCAAGUUUGAUGCCUAG